GUCCAAUCAAGUAGCACCACAUCAGCUAACAUCCAGAUACUUUACUGGAAGCCGAGAGUAAAACAAGAUGCCUUGAUAUUAAGCAAAUUUUAAGUAAUCGCCAUUAAACGGCAUAUUUUAGAUGUUGAUUGGAAACGACAUAGGAUUUUGAAAAUGUCAGCGAUAGCUUCAAAUACGAUUGUUAUUACGGCCUAUCCUGGAAAACAUGGUACAAUAAACAUGUCCAGAAGUGCCGAGUAUUCUCUCCUGGAUACCGUCGAUUUUGACAGUGACGACAGUAACUCCAGUGGAGCGGGAGGACCAAAAAAAAGGCGACGAUUAACCCAUUUGUCACCUGACGAAAAAUUGUUAAGACGGAAGUUAAAAAAUCGUGUAGCAGCACAGACAGCUAGAGACAGAAAAAAGGCUCUAAUGGUAGAGCUGGAAGAAAAAGUUGCCAAAUUAGAAGAGGAGAACAAGCUGUUGAAAAAACAAAAUUGCACCCUGAAAGAAACUUCUAGCAGUUUAGCUAAAGAAAAUGCAGCACUUAAAUCUAGGCUAAGUGAUACCCCAGUGCCCUCCAUCAAGACAGAAACUGAUACCUAUAGGUCCGCAGCACCUGCUGUUCCUCUGCCGAAGGAACAGGUACAGAUUCUGUCUCGGUGGAUGGUCUGCACUUUGGUGAUAACUCUCAGCCUGAUGAUAUCUUCUGCCUGCUACAAGAACUUUCAGAAAAUGGGGAAUGUGAGCAGUCGCAAGAGAAAGCAAUCACACCCAUCUCGGAGAGUGUCAGUGGAGGAAUCAUCACUGAUUCAAGCAACGGAACCAACAACAGAAUCCCUACACCUAGAAUGGUGGGGCUCUCAUCAGCGGAGCUGGAAUCCCUCAACGAAUUAAUUCAAAUAGACCAUGUUUAUGUAAAACCUCAGCCCUUGAUUCAAAUAGGAGGGAAAGAAGGACAGCAUAAGUACACUGCAGCUGUUUUGAAACUAGAAAAUAAUGGCAGCAUUGUUCCAACAUCAAAUAAGCCAGUGGCUUUGUCAGGGUUGAAAAGAAACCACACAGGAGAUGUUGUUGGCUCUGUGCCUCAACCAGCUGAGCCAGUCACAGUUUCUAUAAUAGGACCUUCACCCUUGGACUUAGGCAGAAUAAAUGCCAACACCACGACUGUGGUGGCACCAUCUUCUGUAUCCAAUGAGACUCUAAAUCUAGAGGAAUCUGAAUUCAUCAACACACUUUCAGACUCUGACAUGGAAACAUCUCUCAACUUUUUCCAGGACUUCAAUAUAGAUUUAAUUCAAUCUAAUUGUGACACUGAAGUCAACAAAUCCAGCAAUAUCUCAAACUCUUUUUUCAAUCUUUUACAAAACACACAACUGGAAGAUUUGACAACAGAAAAAGAUUUGAAUGCCACAAAAUUGUUUGAUGAGAUAUAUGAACACUAUUUGAGUAUCAAAGAUUCAUCACUUAACUCCCCUGACUCUCACAGUGACUCAGGUAUUAGCAGUGAUAUUGAUCCCUUGUCUCCACAAAGCAGUGAAGGAGAGUUCAUCAAUGACCAGUUAAUGUGGCAAGACACCAGCUUUGCAGAUUUGUUUCCUGAUCUUCAGUAAUUCACCUACUGAUUAUUAAUUGUACAUUAUUGUAAAUUACAAGUUCAAAUUUUUAUUGGAAAAUAUUCCUUUGGUAAAAUGUAUAUUUAAUCCUUUACAGCCGAGCCUAAAAUAAAAAAAAAGUUGAUUGGAGAGUUUGUUUUAUACAUUUAAAAAUGUAGGCUUAUUCAAACAUCUUUUUUUUUUCCACUUUUAAUUCAGUAAUAGUUACUGAUCAGAUGAGUGUUGGGCUGUAAAGGGUUAAAUUACUAAAAAAAAAAGUUAGUAGGAAUAGCAUUUCAAAACCUUAAAUUGUGAUAUAAAUUAUCAUUUUGACCAUUGUACUCUAGUAGAGUUCAGUUGACUUGAAUCAUUGAAAUCAUUUCUCCAUUUAGAAAAAUGGAGAUUACGCAUUUGAUCAUGGGGGAAGCUGGGAGGUUUAAAUGAUGAUCUUCUCAAUGUACAGUGUUCAAUGUAUUCAUUCAUUGUUGUAAUGUGAAGCUCCUGUGGGAUGUCCAGCAAUGAGCUCAUUGUUUGACCUGCUACAGGUGUUUGUUUUGUGUCAUACAUCCGAUGAUGUUGCUGUAAUACAUAUGCUCUCCUAUUUCUCUCUUGAUGUUUUACUUGUGACAUUACUUCACAAAAUGAACAUUAAAAUAUUUUAAAGGGC